CAUCCACCUCCUCCUCCUCCUCCUCCUCCUCCUCCUCUCCACCUCCACCUACUACCUCCAUUCACUGGGGAAAUAAUGGACACUUCUCCGGAAAUUGAGAUCAACCCUUCACUGGGGAAAGAGGAAGAAAUAGAUAAAGAUGGGGUGCACAGGGAGGCUAAGGGCGACGGAGGCACAGCCAUAUCGACGAUGAAGAAGCUUUGGGCUGCCACCACCUACGAGCCGCUGUUGCUACUGCAUGCCAUUGUCCACUUUGGCACUAUUGCCAUGACAGAGUCCCUUAUAGCAGAAAAGAGCUGUCUGGUGACCCUCAGCAAACCAGAAGAUAUCUGCAAAGAACUUUAUAAUCAUCCAGAUGACGAAAUUGAGGUACAACAAGUUGCGUCGAGAUAUCAGGGUUCUGCUACACUGGCAGAGAACCUGGUCGCAAUGUUUCUGCUUCUCUACAUCGGCCCCUUCUCUGACAGGUACGGUCGGAAGCCCUUCCUUUACCUGAGUCUGGUGACGAAAACGUUGAACAUUCUUAUCCUGUUCUUCGCCUCCGUGUUCAUUUACUCUCCUACCGAACUCACUGUCGUGGCGCCGUUCCUCUACUCCCUCGGAGGGGCGAUGGGCUCCUUCCAGAUGCUCGUCUUCGCCUGCAUCUCCGACGUCACCACGGAGGCCAACCGGACCUACAGGCUGGGAAUCCUCAAGAUCUUCAUUGCUUUCGGGUCGCCUACUGGCAGGGUGGUCAGCGGCCAGAUGUAUGCGGCGGGUGGGUAUGUAGCAGUGUACGGGCUGGCGCUGGGACUCCUGGCUAUUUGCCUCCUCAUGCUCGUCUUCACUGCGGAAUCUGUGAAAUUCAGUGAUAAUGAGGAGAGGCCCAAGUUCAAGGUCUCGUGGCUGGUCGAGGUCCCCGCGGAGCUCCUCACCGCCGUCCACCGCAAGGAGGGACCGCGAAGGGGCAUCGUCUACGCGAUCCUCUUCUCUCACAUCUGCAUCUUCUUCGCUAUGAAUCCCCUGUACUUCCUGUUCUUCAAGUUGAUGUUCGACUGGGAUGCGACGGACUAUUCUAACUGGCUGUUCUACAGGGACAUGACCAAGGCCAUUGCGCUGGUGUUGCUGAUGCCUGUCCUCGUGGGCCGCCUGCAGCUCCCCGACACCGCCCUCGGGUUGCUGGGCUGCAGCUCCGUCGCCUUCAUGCAGAUCGCCCUCGGCCAGAUCGUCAGCGCCUCCAUGACGUGGGUUACUCUGCUCGGUCCUUUGCUCGGGAUGCUGGAGCUGUUCGCGCACUUGGCCUCACGUUCCAUCAUGUCCAAGUGUUCGGAUGGAAGCAGAGAACUGGGAAAGCUGUUCGCGGCGCAGGCGGUCCUGGACUCCAUCGCCACCGGAUUCGCAGGCCCUUUGUACGCAGCCGUGUACAGCUCGUCGGUGGACAGCCUCCCCAUGGCGCAGUUCCUCCUGGCAGCCCUGUUCAUGUUCCUGGCCGUCCUGGGCAUCAGUGUGUGUGAUAUCUUCCUUCUGAAGAAAGAAGAUCGCCAGGAAAAAGCUUAAAAAAAAUCUUGAAAAAUUAGAAAGACAUGAAAAUAAAAGAAAAUAAAGUGUCUUCACAGAAUAUCUUGUUGG